GCCGGGCGGCCCCGCGUGACCGCCAGCUGCCUCAGGCCCGGGUGGCUCCGGGGAGGGUCGAGCGCCGCCCGCCGCUGGCCCUGGCCCCGGGUCGGCAGCCGGGGCCGGUGGGAAGGGCCCGGCGCGGCCAGGUGGUAACCCCGUGACUCGGCGCCGCGGUCCCUGCUGGCCGCUGCGGGAGCGGGCGCGGCAUACACUGGUUGGGAUCUAGCCAUGGAGCAACUCCAAGGGUGUGUGUCUACCUGCCGGGACAUUCUUUCCUUAGAGAACCAGUGCCUGGCUGCACUUCCUGACCUGAAGACCCUGAAGACAUCACAUGGGCGUGUGUCUGCCCACUCAGACAUCCUCUCCCUGGAGAACCGGUGCCUGGUCACACUUCCUGACCUGAAGAUCCUGAAGACACCACAUGGGUUUGUGUCUGCCCAUUCAGACAUCCUCUCCCUGGAGAACUGGUGCCUGGCCACACUUUCUGACCCGAAGACCCUGAAGACACCACAUGGGCAUGUGUCUGCCCACUCAGACAUCCUCUCCCUGGAGAACCGGUGCCUGGCCACAGUUCCUGACCUGAAGACACCACAUGGGCAUGUAUCUGCCCACUCAGACAUCCUCUCCCUGGAGAACCGGUGCCUGGCCGCACUCCCUGUGUCUGCCAGCCCCUUUCUCCGGUGUCUCCAGGUAUCUCACCUGGUACAAACUGAUCUGUGUAGCCUGAACACCAGCAACCACCUGCGCUCUGAGCCUCCAGCCUCGAGGGCUCAGUGCCUCUCUGAGGAACAGGGCCUCCUGACCUGCCCCAGGGCUUUGAAAUCCGUCUCUGCUCCAGAGAAAGCUCAGGAAGCAGCUUUGGGUCAUUGGUCUUCCAAAGAGAAAAAGCCAGAAGAGAAGGAAUGGGCAGAAGCUCAAAUGCCUUUUUAUAGUCUAAGCUUGGGAGAGGAGGAGGUGAUGGAGGAGCUGGCCCUGAAGCUCACCCCUGGGAACUCCGAAUCUUGUCCUGAGACUACUGACCAGGCCCUUUGGGAAAAGAAGAUGGUUCUAAUGAGCUUCCUGUGUUCUACUCUGGCAUCAAAUGUAAACAUGAAAGAUGCAGUUAACUCUACCCAGAUUUUCCUCCUUGAAGUUUGCAGUGAACUUGCCCCCUUGGAGCCUGAGUUUAUCCUCAAGGCAUCUCUGUACGCCAGGCAGCAGCUGAAUGUCCGGGAUAUGGCCAACAAAGUCUUGGCCAUUGCUGCCUUCUUGCCAGUCUGCCGCCCCCACCUGCGACGAUAUUUCUGUGCCAUCGUCCAGCUGCCUUCUGAUUGGAUCCAGGUGGCCGAGUUCUACCAGAGCGUGGCUAGCAGAGGGGAGGACAAGCUGGUGCCCCUGCCUGCCUGCCUGCGUGCUGCAAUGACGGACAAAUUUGUCCAGUUUGAUGAGUACCAGCUGGCUAAGUACAACCCUCGGAAGCACCGGGCCAAGCGACAGCCUCGCCGGCCGCCCCGCCCUCCAAAGGAGAGUUCAUUCUCUAAGAUGAAGCAAUAUUGGCCAAAGUUCAUUCGGCCUCUUUACCGUGAUCAGCUUAUGUUUGAGGAGGCCUACAGUGCAGUGUCAGUGGAAAAGAAGGAGCCAAGGUUCACCCUGAAGAAGCUGGUACAGCGACUGCACAUCCACGAGCCUGCGCAGCACGUCCAAGCCCUGCUGGGCUGCAGAUACCCCUCCAACCUACAGGCCUUUUCUCGAAGUCGCCUUCCUGGGCCCUGGGAUUCCAGCAGAGCUGGGAAGCGGAUGAAGCUUGCCCGGCCACUGACCUGGGAGCGGGAGCUGAGCUUGCGGGGGAGCAAAGCUUCCGUCUGGGAGGAACUCAUAGACAGUGGGAAGCUUCCCUUCAUGGCCAUGCUCCGAAAUCUGUGCAACCUGCUGCGGGUUGGAAUCAGCACGCACCACCACGAGCUCGUGCUCCAGAGACUCCAGCAUGCCAAGUCAGUGAUUCACAGUCGGCAGUUUCCAUUCAGAUUCCUUAAUGCUCAUGAUUCCAUCAAUGCCCUUGAGGCUCAACUUGAAAAAAAAGCAUUGCCAUUUCCUUCCAACACAAAACUGGUAAGGCAGAUAUUAAUUAAAAACGCAAGAUAUGGCAAGAAGUACUAUUCCUGGCAGUCUUGCAAACCAAGUCGUCGGGAACUUCGGGCAGCCAUGAUGAUGCCUGUGGUAUACGAUCAGCUCAAGCGGGCGAAGCUGAGACUACACAAGGCCAGACAGUGGAAAUUUGACUGUGAGAUGCUAGCUCGGUAUCGACAGGCCCUGGAGACAGCCGUGAACCUCUCUGUUAAACACAGCCUACCGCCACUGCCGGGCCGCACCCUCUUGGUCUAUCUGAUGGAUGCGGGUGCAGACAGGAUCCUUCCCAAGAGCAACCCACAAGGGCCCCCUCUGAACUACGUGCUGCUGCUGAUUGGGAUGAUGGUGGCUCGGGCAGAGCAGGUGGACCUUUUGCUGUGUGGAGGAAGCACUGUGAAGGCUGUUGCGAUUAAGGCAGAAGAAGGUAUCCUGAGGACUGCCACAGAUCUCCAAGCUCAAGUCCAGGAGUUGGAUGAAAAGUAUGAAUGGUCCCUGCCUACUUUGGGGAAGCACUUGCUGUCCCUGGCUACCCAAAGGGUCCCUGUGGACAGGGUCAUCGUCUUUGGCCAACAGAUGGAUGAGAAAUCGAUAAAUGCGGCCAAACAGCUUUUCUGGCAGCACGUGAAUCCGAAGUGCCUCUUUGUUGGUGUUCUCCUGAGAAGGACGGGAUACCUAUAUCAAGAUAUGAAUCCCAAUGAUGUGACUCUCUCAGGCUGUACUGAUGGGAUACUGAAGUUCAUCGCAGAGCGUGGGGCCUCCCGCCUUCUAGAACAUGUAGGCCAAAUGGACAAAAUAUUCAAGAUUCCGCCUCCCCCAGGAAAGACAGGGGUCCAGUCUCUCCGGCCACUGGAAGAGAAUACUCCAAGCCCCCUGGCUCCUAUCUCCCAGCUUGGAUGGCGCAGCAUCCGGCUUUUCAUUUCCUCCACCUUCCGGGACAUGCAUGGGGAGCGGGACCUGCUGCUGAGGUCCCUGCUGCCCGCACUGCAGGCCCGAGUGGCCCCCUACUGCAUCAGCCUUCACGCCAUCGACCUGCGCUGGGGUGUCACUGAGGAGGAGACCCGUCGGAACAGACAACUGGAAGUGUGCCUCGGGGAGGUGGAGAACUCGCAGCUGUUUGUGGGGAUCCUGGGCUCCCGCUAUGGCUACGUUCCCCCCAGCUACAGCCUCCCUGACCAUCCUCACUUCCGCUGGGCCCAGCAGUACCCUUCAGGUCGCUCUGUGACAGAGAUGGAGGUGAUGCAGUUCCUGAAUCGGGGCCUCCGCCUGCAGCCCUCUGCCCAACCUCUCAUCUACUUCCGGGAUUCCAGCUUCCUCAGCUCUGUACCGGAUGCCUGGAAAUCUGACUUUACUUCUGAGUCUGAAGAGGCUGCACUUCGGAUCUCAGAACUGAAGAGCUACCUGAGCAGACAGAAAGGGAUCACUUGUCGCAGAUACCCCUGUGAGUGGGGUGGGGUGGCAGCUGGCCGGCCCUAUGUUGUAGGGCUGGAGGAGUUUGGGCAGCUGGUUCUGCAGGAUGUAUGGAGUAUGAUCCAGAAGCUUUACCUCCAGCCUGGGGCCCAGCCAGAGCAGCCAGCAUCCAUCCCAGAUGAUGAUGUGGUCCAGGCCACCUUCCAGCAGCUGCAGACCCCACCGAGUCCUGCCCGGCCGCGCCUUCUUCGGGACACUGUUCAGCAGCUGAUGCAGCACCAAGGGGGCCUGAGCCUGGUGACCGGACAGUCGGGACAGGGCAAGACUGCCUUCCUGGCGUCCCUUGUGUCGGCCCUACAGGCUCCUGAUAGGGCCACAGUGGCCACCUUAGUCUUCUUCCACUUUUCAGGGGCCCGCCCUGACCAGGCUCUUGCCCUCAUCCUGCUCAGACGCCUCUGUGCCUAUCUGCAUAGCCGGCUGCAAGAGCCAAGUGCUCUCCCCAACACCUACCGGGGCCUGGUGUGGGAGCUGCAGCAGAGGCUGCUGCCCAAGGCUGCUCAGUCCCUGAAAACUGGCCAGCCUCUGGUGCUGAUCAUCGAUGGGGCUGACAGGUUGGUGGACCAGCACGGGCAGCUGAUCUCAGACUGGAUCCCAAAGACCCUUCCCCGGUGGGUGCACCUGGUGCUGAGCGUGUCUAGUGAUUCAGGCCUGGGGGAGGCCCUAGAGCAGAGCCAAGGUGCCCGCGUGGUGGCCCUGGGGCCCCUGGAGCCAUCUGCCCGGGCCUGCCUGGUGCGAGAGGAGCUGGCUCUGUACGGGAAGCGGCUGGAGGAGUCACCUUUUAACAACCAGAUGCGGCUGCUGCUGGUGAAGCGGGGCUCAGCCCUGCCGCUCUACCUGCGCUUGGUCACCGAUCACCUGAGGCUCUUCACGCUCUAUGAGCAGGUGUCCGAGAGACUCCGGACCCUGCCUGCCACCGUCCCCCUGCUGUUGCAGCACAUCCUGGGCACCCUGGAGCAAGAGCAUGGCCCCGAUGUCCUUCCUCAAGCUCUGGCCACUCUUGAGGUCACACGCAGUGGUCUGACUGUGGACCAAUUGCAUGGAGUGUUGAGUGCGUGGCGGAUGCUGCCCAGGGGGCCCAAGACCUGGGAAGAAGCAGUGGCUGCUGGUAACAUUGGGGACCCUUACCCUAUGGGCCCGUUUGCCUACCUCGUCCAGAGUCUGCGCAGGUUGCUAGGGGAGGGCCCCCUGGAGCGCCCUGGCGCCCGGCUUUGCCUCCAUGAUGGGCCCCUGAGAACAGCGGCUAAGUGUCGCUAUGGGAAGAGGCGGGAGCUGGAGAAGAUGGCGCACAUCCUCAUCGCAGCUCAGCUCUGGAAGACGUGUGACCCUGAUGCCUCAGGUGCCUUCCGAACUUGCCCUCCUGAAGCUCUGGGAGACCUGCCUUAUCACCUGCUCCAGAGUGGGAACCGGGGCCUUCUUGCAAAGUUCCUCACCAGUCUCCAUGUGGUAGCUGCACACUUGGAACUGGGCCUGAUCCCUCGGCUCCUGGAGGCGCAUGCCCUCUAUGCUUCCUCAGUCCCCGAAGAGGAGCAGAAGCUUCCUGAGGCUGAUGUUGCUGUAUUUCACACCUUCCUGAGGCAGCAGGCUCCAGUCCUCAGCCAGCACCCACUGCUCCUGCACCAGCAGGCCGCCAACCAGCCUCUGGACUCGCCACUUUGCUGCCAGGCCCGCCAGCUCUCCCAGCGAUGGCACCUCCAGCACACGCUACAUUGGCUUAACAAACCCCAGACCCUGGGGCGCCAGCAAAGCUCCAGCCUGUCCCUGGCACUUUCCUCAGCCCCCACGGCUGUGGCCUUCUCCCCCAACGGGCAAAGAGCAGCUGUGGGCACUGCCAAUGGGACGGUUUACCUGUUGGACCUGAGAACCUGGCAGGAGGAGAGGUCUGUGGUGAGUGGCUGUGAUGGGGUCUCCUCUUGUUCGUUCCUCUCGGAUGAUACCCUCUUUCUUACUGCCUUUGAUGGGAUCCUGGAGCUCUGGGACCUGCAGCAUGGUUGCCGGGUGCUCCAGACCAAGGCUCACCAGUACCAGGUCACUGGCUGCUGCCUGAGCCCAGACCGCCGGCUGCUGGCCACCGUGUGCCUGGGGGGAUGCCUGAAGCUGUGGGACACAGUCCAUGGGCAGCUGGCCUCCCAGCACACCUGUCCCAAGCCCCUGAACUGCAUUGCUUUCCACCCAGAGGGGCAGAUUGUAGCCAUUGGAAGCUGGGCUGGCAGCUUCAGCUUCUUUCAGGUGGACGGGCUCAAAGUCACCAAGGAACUGGGAGCCCCGGGAGUCUCUGUCCGUACCUUGGCCUUCCAUGUGCCUGGGCGGGUUGUGGCUGUGGGCCGGCUAGACGGGAUGGUGGAGCUGUGGGCCUGGCAAGAAGGGGCACGGCUGGCUGCCUUCCCUGCCCACCACGGCUUUGUGGCUGCUGCCCUUUUCCUGCGUGCGGGCUGCCAGUUACUGACGGCCGGAGAGGAUGGCAAGGUUCAGGUGUGGUCCGGGUCUCUGGGUCGGCCCCGUGGGUGCCUAGGUUCUCCCGCUCUCUCUCCUGCCCUCUCCGUGGCUCUCAGCCCAGACGGUGAUCGUGUGGCCGUUGGGUACCGAGCAGAUGGCAUUCGAGUCUACGGAAUUCCUUCAGAUUCCCAGGGGGCUCAAGCACUAGACGUGGCAGUGUCUGCACUGGCCUGGCUCAGCCCUAAGGUGUUGGUGAGUGGUGCAGAAGAUGGGACCCUGCAAGGCUGGAUGCUCAAGGGACACUCCCUUCAGGCCCUCUGGCUUUUGUCCAGACACCGGAAGCCCGUCCUGGGACUGGCCACCUCCCAGGAACUCUUGGCUGCUGCCUCAGAGGAUUUCGCUGUGCGGCUGUGGCCCCGGCAGUUGCUGACACUGCCACAAAAGGCAGAAGACUUUCCCUGUGGCACUGAGCUCCGGGGACACGAGGGCCCCGUGAGCUGCUGUAGCUUCAGCACUGAUGGAUGCAGCCUGGCUACUGGGGGCAGGGAUCGGAGUCUGCUCUGCUGGGAUGUGAGGACACCCAAAGCCCCUGUUCUGAUUUGCUCCUUCUCUGCCUGUCACCGAGACUGGGUCACUGGCUGUGCCUGGACCAAAGACAACCUCCUGGUCUCCUGCUCCAGUGAUGGCUCUGUGGGGCUAUGGGACCCAGAGUCCAGACAGCAGCUUGGUCAGUUCCUGGGUCAUCAGAGUGCCGUGAGCGCCGUGGUGGCCGUGGAGGGGCAUGUGGUAUCUGUCGGCCGGGAUGGGACCUUGAAAGUGUGGGACCAUCAGGGUGUGGAGAUGACCAGCAUCCCUGCUCACUCUGGACCCAUCAGCCACUGUGCGGCUUCCCUGGAGCCCCGGACAGUCGGCCAGCCGGAGUCGGAGCUUCUGGUGGUGACUGUUGGAUUGGAUGGGGCCACACGGUUGUGGCAUCCACUCUUGGUGUUUCAGACACACACCCUCCUGGGACACAGUGGCCCAGUCAGUGCGGCUGCUGUUUCCGAGACCUCAGGCCUCCUGCUGACCGCCUCAGAGGAGGGCUCCAUACGGCUCUGGCAGGUCCCCGAAGAAGCAGAUGACACAUAUAUACCCAGGAGUCCUGCAGCCGUCACUUCUGUGGCCUGGGCCCCAGAUGGUUCCAUAGCAGUGUCUGGGAAUCAGGCCGGGGAACUAACCUUGUGGCAGGAAGCUAAGGCUGUGGCCACCGCACAGGCUCCAGGCCCCAUCAGUGCUCUGCUCUGGUCCUCAGCACACACCUUGAUUGUUGUCAGUGCUUAUAACCAAGUCAGCGAGUGGCGAGUGGUACUCCGGAUGGAUUCAACUCCCAGACAUUUCAGUCUUUACCUGAACCAAGUUCUGCAGGAGGACCUAGGGUUCCUGACAGGUGUCAGCCUGGCCCCUGAUGGCCACUCCCUCAUCUUGGCCAAAGCGGAUUUGCAAUUACUGCACAUGAAGCUGGGGGAUGCUCCCUCUGUAAUCUGGAGUGGCUAUUCAGACCAUCCUAUGAUGCUGUCCAUCCACCAGGACUAUGGUGUGUUUGUCCUGCAGUCAAUGCACCUUAGAGUUUUUUCUCUCUCAAGGCGAAAGGAAUCAGGAAAGUUUGAAGAGUGCAUGGAAUUUAAUCUGAAUUUAGAGAAUCCUAGUAAGACCCUCAUAUCGGUAACUCAGGCCAGACCUGAAUCUGAGUCCUCAUUUUUGUGUGCCAGCUCUGAUGGGAUGCUGUGGAACCUAGCCAGAUGCACUGCUGAAGGAGAAUGGACCACAGAUAAUAUCUGGCAGAAAAAAGUAGAAACUCCAGAGACAGAUCCAUCUAUACCUACUGACAUCUGGCCAACAGUCCCAGCCCUAAAUACGCGGCAGCGCAGAAAGAUUCACACAGGCCCUGUCACAGCCCUCCACGUGCUGCCUGAGUUGCUGGUGACAGCUUCAAAGGACAGAGAUGUUAAACUGUGGGAGAGACCCAGUAUGCAGCUGCUGGGCCUGUUCCGAUGCGAAGGUGCAGUGAGCUGCGUGGAGCCUUGGCUGGGUCCUAACUCUGCCCUGCAGCUCGUGGUGGGAGACACACAGGGCAACGUAUACUUUCUGUCCUGGGAAUGAAGACGUACUACUCAGGGCAAAGAGACCACUUGUGCUAGAGAUGCAAAGCCAGAAGACGCCAGUGGCUACUUUCUUUCUCUGAUUAUAUAAAAUAAAAUGUCAGAAAACCUCAAGUGCAGUCCUGCCUGUGUUCUCCUGUGGAUUUGGACCAAGAAGGAAGACUAUGGAUGUUCUGAUGUUUCUUUCUGAUGUAACGUUAAUCUUUCCUAGAACUGCAAGAAAGUGAACCAGAUCUUUAAUAGAUAUUCUUUGGAUUCUGGUGUCAUUUGCUGGCCCCAGGACCCUAAGAUAACAUUCCUACCAGGGGGAGGAAUGAAAGUGAUGUUGACCAGCACUUAGUUUGAAUAGAGAUUCGAAGACCUCUCACCUGUUCAAGAAAGAGGAAGAGAAGGAACGGUGGCUCAGCUGUGCCGCUGGUCAGGGCUGGAAAGAACCGGGUUAGAACUAGGACGAUGCUAGGUUCCUCUCACAGAAACAGCCCCAUCUGCCCGGAGCUACCUGCCUGGAUGGGAGUGAGGAGCCAGGGCUCUGAAAGCACGGUUAAAGAUGGAAUCCACUGUGGAAGGAAGGCCCAGGUCUUCAGCACCCUGUGUGCCAGCCUGGAAGCAGCUCCGUGAAAUCCCCUAUAAAAUCUGCUGCAGACCCCUACAAAUCAAGUGGGCUUGGAUUUGGAUGCUCUCAGGAGGAAUGGUUAAAGGCUGAUGGAACCACAAAGAUAUGGUGCCAGAUAGUUGAUAGAUCCUAUAGUUCUACUUGAUUUCUAGAAAGAAGCCGGAUUCAUCUGAUACAGAGAAAUGAAAUUUCAGGAAACUGAAAAUAAAUCGAGGUCUCACUUCUUUACCAGUCUGGAACUCUUGGGAGCUCAUGAAGGUAGAUGAUUCUUCAAGUUAAAGAUGGACACUGACUUUUCACACCAGAAAUGGCUUAUAGAAUCAUCUUGCCAAAAUGUAAGAGGCAGCAAAGGAAAGAGGAAAAUAUUUUCUUCUAUCAUUCUUCGAUUCUUUGCUAGAUUGUAAACUCCAUGAAAGCAAGAUAACUUGCUUAUCUCUAAUGCCUGGCCUAAAAUAGAUACUCAAAAAAUAUUUGAAGUUAUUUGAAAUUUCCAUAGAUUUUUUUUUUUUUUUUGAAUCCCUGGAAAAUGGCCACCAUUUUAAUGGCAUUUCAGCAAGACAUUUAUGUGGAAUAACUGGGACUUAAAUUUUGACUUUGAUCUAUACACUAUUUUGGUACCAAUGAGUCUACUUAAUAUCUGAUUAUGAUGCUUGAUCCUUCAAAAGGCAGUGAAGAAUAUCUGCCAAAACAACCUGUGUAUGUGAGGAAUAAUAUACAAAAACUUACUGAUAUUUAAUAGGAAAUCCUUUAUUAUUAAUAUUUUAUUGAAAGCCUUAUUGGACAUUUAUUGAUUUAGAUUGGACAUACCAGUCAACUAUGAAGAAAAAAUCAUUUUUUCUGCUGUAUAUUUAAUGUUGAAAUAUUCUCAACUGUUUUGGCUCAAUUAUACUCAGAAUUUUUUGCUCUAUGUACUUUAUAUCUAUAUGGGUAUAUUUAACAGGUAAGGGUACAAAAUAUACAUCCAAACAUACUUCACUGUGUUGGAAUGAGAUGUAAUACUCAUGCUUAUGCCAGAAUCACAUGAUUGGUAUGCGACUAAAAUAAAUUCUGUUAGAAUAUGAAACCUAUUCUUUAAUUAGGAUUCUUCUAUUAAAACAAAUAUAAAUAUCAAA